GAGCAGCACCGGAAGUGGGCCGCCCUCCGGCCGCCAUGCAGAGGGAGGAGAAGCAGCUGGAGGCGUCGGUGGAUGCCCUGCUGAACCAAGUGGCGGACCUGAAGACCUCCCUGGGGAGCUUCAUCUACAAGUUGGAAAACGAGUACGACCGGCUGACCUGGCCCUCCGUCCUGGACAGCUUUGCCUUGCUCUCCGGACAGCUGAACACCUUGAACAAGGUGCUGAAACAUGAGAAGACACCGCAGCUUCGCAACCAGGUCAUCAUCCCACUCGUACUGUCCCCGGACCGGGAUGAGGACCUCAUGCGGCAGACCGAAGGCCGGGUCCCGGUGUUCAGCCACGAGGUGGUUCCCGAUCACCUACGAACCAAGCCCGACCCGGAGGUGGAAGAGCAGGAGAAGCAGCUGACCUCAGACGCGGCCCGGAUCGGGGCAGACGCGGCCCAGAAGCAGAUCCAGAGUCUGAACAAAAUGUGCUCAAACCUCUUGGAGAAGAUCAGCAAAGAGGAGCGAGAAUCCGAAAGCGGAGGUCUCCGGCAGAACAAGCAAACCUUCAACCCAGCCGACACCAACGCACUCGUCGCAGCCGUGGCUUUCGGGAAGGGGCUGUCUAACUGGAGGCCCCCCGUGGCCGGCGGCCCGGGUCAGACCGGCCAGCCCGCGGCCGGGGCCAUGAUGGCGGGAGGCUCGGGCCUGCAGCAGCAGCAGCAGCAGGUCCCCAUGGCGGGGGGCCCCGGCCAGCAACAGCAGCAGGCCCUGCUCGCCGGGGUGCAGAUGGCUCAGGCGGGCCAGCCGGGGAAGAUGCCAAGUGGCAUAAAAACCAACAUCAAGUCAGCGUCGAUGCACCCUUACCAGCGGUGAGGGAGCGUGGGAGGAGCCAGGCCCCGACGCUACUCCCCCGACCUGGACGCGGUCCUACGGCGGCGGCUGGGAUCCUGAAUCUCUGGGGAUGGGAGUCCU